AUAUCCAAAGCGGAGAUGAGACUAAAGAGAAGCUCUAAGAAAAAAAUGGCCAUACCGCCCCCACCGGGACCACCGCCUCCGCCAGGGCCCCCGCCCCCCCCGGCCAUGGGCGGCUUGAAGCUGGGCGGCGGCGGUGGAGGCAAAGGUGGCGCAGAUCCACGCUCUGCCCUGCUCAGCUCCAUACAGAAGGGCACCAAGCUCCGCAAGACGAACACCGUGGACAAGAGUGGGCCAGCGAUUUCGGGCAAGGUCUGUGGAGCAGGCGACCCUGCGGCAGGAGGCGCCAAGAGAACCCUCAACAACAACAACGCCAACACCAGCAACAACAACAGCAGCAGCAGCAGCGGCGGCGGCGGCGGCAGCAGCAACGGCCUUGGCAAUGGAGCGCCCAAAUUGGGGGGCCUGUUCGAAGGCUACUCGCAAAUGCCGAAGCUGAAGCCCGUGAACGGCUAUCGCAGUAGCAGCAGCAGCGGCAGCGCCUCCACCACCACCAGCCUCGGAGCAGCGGCGGCCGCGUCACCAGCACAACAGCAACGAAGCCACAGCCCCCCCACAGCGGCCACGGCCGCUGCCGCAGCCAGCAACGGACCCAUGGACUUCAACACAGAGCUGGCCAUGCACCUAACACUGAAGCGCCAGAAGGCGCAGCAGAAGCAGCAACAGUCGCCGCACGCACCCAGCGCACAUAUCAAUGCCACAGAAGCAAAUCUGAAAACAAAUCGUGGACCUCCACCGCAACCGCCAAAGCAAACCAACUCAAGUGAUUCGAUAUUGGAGCGCAUGAACAUCGUACCCCGCCCUGCCCCGCCGCCAGCUGCUCCCGUCAAAGCCGCCUCGCCCACGCUCUCGGAGAGCGGCAGCAACAGCAGUGCCAGUGCCAGUGCCAGAGCCAGAGCCAGUGCCGGCGGCAUUGGCAGCGUCAAGAGCAAGGCGGCCAAUCUAAAUAUCUCGUUAGGGAAUAGUUUUGUAAAUAGUUCGAUGGCAAAGACCGCUGCGAGUGCCUCCACGACGUCGCUGAACUCGAGCAAGACGUCCGCGGCGGGAUCGCUGCGCAACCUGGCGCCCAAUAAGUCAACGCUAUUCGGUGGUGCUGGUUCUUCUAGUGGUGCUGGUGGUGGUGGUUCGCAGCAAACUUCGCCCCCAUCGACGGCCAGCAGUACGCCCACACCGCCGCCGCCUCAACCACAGUCCCAGACACAAUCGCAGUCGCAGCAGCAGAAGCCGGCCAUCAGCUUCGGCAAGCCAAACUUUGCUCCAAAGCCGCCGGGGCUCCAGCAGUUGAUUCUGGUCAACGGACAGCAGCGUCCGGCGGUGACGCGGCACCACAGCAUGAAGUCGCCCAGAUCUCCGCCAGCGGUUGGGCCUUUGUUCCCCACCCAGCAGCAUUUCGGGACCAUGAGGGCUGCGCCACAGCUGCAGGGCAGCGACGGCAGCGUCGCCAGCAUGCGCUGUGCCCCAAAUCCACCAAAGUCACGGCCAUCGGUGAAGCCCCCACCACCGCCAACACCGGCGCGCAGCUUCUCCAAUAGCAAUCUGAACAACAUCGGAGCUGGAGGAGCAUCUACGGCGCCGUUUAGUGCCGUGAACACGGCCCUGGUGCAGAGUGCGGCGUGCACGACGCAAGCCUCCUCGUCGCCCAUCACCCAACCGCCCUCCAGUUCCAGCAGCAGCAGCAGCGUGGCCGCCCUGCGCGACCAGUUCCGUGCCGUUGGCAUCGGGAACGGUAUGAACGGUGGGAACGGCAAUUCCUCGCCACCCCUGCCGCCGCUGCCUGCCCCAACGUCCGUCUCGUCGGCAUCAUCAUCGGCCACGGCCAGCCCCAAAUCAUCGACCGUCAGGCCGAUCAUUUUGAAUGGGGGCCCCAUCAAUCCACCAGCCCCGCCGCCCCACCGCAGCUGUCCACCUCCACCACCGCCGCAGCGACAAUCGAGCACUCAGGAUGUUCGAGUGAAGUUCUGGUUGUUCAAGAGGCUGCUCUCGCUUAGGCAAAUUCUAAAACGGAAGCACAGCCACGUCCGCCCACCAUUCAAGGUUAUCCAAAUGCUGAUGCCCAUCGGCAAGCGCAACGCUGGAUCCGGAUCUGGGUCGGGUGCGGGAGCGCCAGUGCCGCCACAGCGGCACUCAUCCAUACGGCCUAACGCACCGCUGACGCCACCCACGCACAUGGCCAACGCCUCGCAUCAGUUUGGCAGCAAUUCCGGACUGUCGGCAGGAGGAGGAACAGGAACAGGAUCAGGUGCAGGAGGUGCAGCUGCAGCUGCAGGAGCAACUGUGGGGCGCCUGGUCAUCGAUCUGGAGACAAAGUUCGGGAAGCGAUUCCACAAUGUGACCGAGUUCCCCAAGCCGCCGCCGUUUCUUAAUAUACAAAAAAUCUAUCCUAGUCGAACGUUUAAGGCGAGCAACGCUGCCCAGACGCCCAGCAACAACAACAUCAGCAUCAACAACAACAUAACGGCUGUCUGCAACAACAAUGCCAGCACAAAUGCAGCGGCUCCGGGGGGAGUUACACUGCCGCCAGCGCUGAAGCCAGCCUAUGCACCUCUGAAGAAGCAUCGGGCACCAGCACCACCGCCCCAAGCAGGCGUGGCCGCUGCUGCAGUGUCCGUGAUCCGGCAAUCCAGUUUCCUCUACGGCGGCGGAGCAGCCGGAACGGCCGGCAGUGGCUCCCCCGUUCGACCGCAAUCCCAGGCGGCGGGGAGUGUGGCGCGCAACUCGACGGUCUGCUGAGGUCCCUCAUGUCCAUGAGUUGUACCUAAAUGCGGAUAAACGGAUAUGUGGUACGGAGUGAUUGUGCAAAAGCCUAUUGUUCAAAGUUCUAGGAAAAGUGCAUAAAAUAAAAGAGGAACAAUAUAA